CGUCCACAGCAAAACACUAAGAUUGGGCGAUAACAAUCAUCGUUCUUCUUGGCACAAAGCAAUGGCUUGUUCAAAGCUCUUCUUGUCUUGCUUGUUGGUUCAGUUGACGUUCUUGUUUCUUGUUCCUGAGGUCGCUCAUGGUCAAGGUCUCAAAGUAGGGUUUUACCAGAAGGCAUGCCCAAACGCAGAGGCCAUCGUGAAGGGGGUCAUCCGUGAAGUCAUGUCCGUCGCUCCGAGUCUCUCUGGCCCUCUCUUGAGGAUGCAUUUUCAUGAUUGUUUCGUUAGGGGCUGCGAAGGUUCAGUACUAUUGAACUCUCCGACCAAUCAAUCCGAAAAGAAUGCGGGUCCCAAUCUCAGUCUUCGAGGUUUCCAAACGAUCGAUAGAGUCAAAACGGCAUUGGAGAAGGCAUGCCCGGGCAUCGUCUCAUGUGCUGACAUUUUGGCCCUCGUCGCUAGAGACGUGGUCGUCGCGACUGGAGCACUUUCCUAUGAUGUGGAAACCGGACGAAGAGACGGGAAUGUGUCUAUCUUGACCGACGCACUUAACAACUUAAUACCACCUUCGGCCAACAUUACAACUCUGAAAGCAGAUUUUGCAAAGAAAGGCCUCAGUGUGAAGGACCUUGUCGUCCUGUCAGGUGGGCACACCAUUGGAACUUCACACUGCUCUUCCUUCUCCGACCGCGUCUACAACUUUACCGGAAAGGGCGAUGCCGACCCCACCCUUGACUCCAACUACAUAGCGAGAUUGAAGCUCAGGUGCAAGCCGAAUGAUCAAACCACCCUUGUCGAGAUGGACCCGGGAAGUGUGAGGACGUUCGACGUCAAGUACUUCGACCUCAUCCCGAAGAGAAGAGGCCUCUUCACUUCAGACUCCGCACUUCUUGAUGACAGCGAAACCAAGGCGUACAUUGACCUCCAGGUCAAGACCGGUGGAUCCACCUUCUUCAAGGACUUUGGAGAGUCGAUGGUGAAUAUGGGUCGGAUUGGCGUGCUCACUGGAACGGCGGGCGAAGUCAGAAAAGUGUGCUCAAAGGUCAAUUAAUUGAGGAUUGAUGAGGAGACACAGGAUGGAGCAUGGAAUGAUUGCAAUACCCUAUUAUUGUUGUUUACUUUGUUUGUUGGUAUAUCAUCUGUUCUUUUUGUGUUCUUUGUUUUCUGUUCAUUCUCUAUUAGGUUCCUCUUAGAGUUUUGAUAUGGCAAGUGUAUGUUGAUUUGGUUUUAUUGGAUAUAAUGCUUAAUAAGAGGAAAUAAAAGUCAUACCAGAUUCUUGGCUUUGAAUAAAUAAGAGGAUGUAAUCUAUUUACAA